AUGAUUGGUUUCCGCCCCCACCUCUCCACACAAGACGUCCUCUUGCAACUCCACCACGACCUUCUCGAUCCGCCCACUUUCUCGGACACUAAGGCUCUCCUUAGCCUCGACCUUCACAAGGCGUUCGACAACGUCUCCCAUUUGGCUAUUCUUACCGAACUCGCCACCAUGAACCCCGGCUCUCGCACCUACCACUACAUUCGCUCCUUCCUCACGGCCUGCACGGCCGAAAUCAUCGUGGGAGAUCUUUCGUCUCCCACGUAUGCACUUGGAUCUCGUGGUACCCCUCAGGGCGCCGUCUUGUCACCUUUUCUUUUUAAUCUCGCCCUUCGCUCACUUCCCGACAAGCUCGACCGUAUCCCCGAUCACAAACACACCCUGUACGCGGACGACGUAACUCUUUGGGUCACGUCUGGCUCCGACGGGCACAUUGAGCAGACGUUGCAACGCGCAACUGACGUCGUCACGAGUGUACGAGUGGCCUUAGAUGUUAUGUGA